GGAGAGUAAUUGUAGGUUGUACGUGCAGUAGAGGGAGAACCACGGUGCUGGCUCGUCUUUUUUUUAGAGUAAAAACUCUGAAUUUUCAAUCAACAACCUCAAAAUUCAGGGUAACUCCGAUUCUACUAGUUGAACGGACUUUACGACGCCGCGAAAAUUGUUGGCACACAAUUGGGUAAAAUAUCUCGGAGUGACCAAGAAUGGCCCGUGGACAUCAGAAAAUUCAAUCGCAAGCGAAGGCAGCUGAAAAAGCUAGCAAGUUGAAGAAACAACAGGGCCACAGUGCCAAUGAGCAGAAGAAAGCUGCACAAAAAGCCUUGGUCCAUGUCUGUGUAGUUUGCAAAGCUCAGAUGCCCGAUCCAAAGACGUAUAAACAGCACUUUGAAAAUAAACAUCCGAAAAAUGACAUGCCUGACGAUUUGAAGAAUAUAUGAAGGUGAAAAUUCGUUUGGUCUCAAGCAAGCAGACAACAGGCAAAAGUGGCAAGAUAACGCGAGGAAAAAUAAAACAAAUAAACGAUUAAAUUAAUUGAAAGAAAAAUGGCACGGAAUGUUGAGAAAACAACGAGGCAUCAACAAAAGUUAAUACGAGUGAUAUAUAGUGUAAUGUUUUAUCCAGCCGAUUUUAAUAGCAUUGAUUAAUCGUGGAAAUAAAUGGAAAUCCACUAAAACAUUUGACACUAUUCCAUACUUUUUUUUUAUUGGUUCUUCGACUUUUUCGAUUCAACUUCUCAGAAAUGCACUUAACACUGUUAUGGAAUGCACUAUAAUAAUUGAAUUAAUUACUAGUGAUUAUUGAAUAAUAAUUAGUGCUUCGUAUUCUGGAUGGACGUACAUUAAGAAAUUGUAGUCAUUAAAAAUCAUUACUCCCUGUUCUCUUCUGUUCCACUCAAUUCCUGAAUUAAAUGUAAUAGAUUUGUUCUAGAAUCAACGACUGCCACUACCAACUAAAUUAUAAUCUAUAUAAUCUACGAAGCAAAAGGAAAAAGAUGUUAAAAACUCAAAUAUUAAUAGGACAGCGAUUACCAUCAUUCUUUUCUUUUCGUAUUUUGAGCAAGUGGAUCUAAGGGUUUUUUUCAUUAAUAUAAACUUGAUUCAUUAUGAUGUAAAUCAUUCACAAAUCUUUGUAGAUAAUCACUCAUUUAUAAUGAAUUUAUAUUGAUUUUUUCCGUCGACAUGCUUCAAUUGUACUUAAUACUUGUUCUUCUUUGAAGAAGAGUUUGAAAUCCUUGGAAUAAUAAUUUGUACAUGCACGAAA